UGCAGUCAGACCGGUCCGGGUAGAUAAGUGGGUCAAAGGUCCAACAGACAGGGGAGACAGCAGCGCACUGACACCUCUCACAGAAACACCGACCAGAACGGAAAGUAAAAAUGUCCCAACAACCGAUCAGCCCGCUGAAGAACUUCUUCGCUGGAGGCUUUGGAGGGGUCUGCCUCGUCUUCGCCGGACAUCCACUCGACACCAUUAAAGUGCGUUUACAAACUCAGCCAAAGCCCAAACCUGGAGAGAGCCUCGUAUAUGCUGGAACCAUUGACUGUUUCAAAAAGACCUUAGCCAAAGAGGUUAAGUAUGCUGGACCCAUGGACUGUGUCAAACAGCUGUACCGAGAGUCUGGGAUCAGAGGAAUCUACAAAGGCACCGCCCUGACUCUCAUGAGAGAUGUUCCAGCGAGUGGGAUGUACUUCAUGUCCUAUGAGUGGUUGAAGAAGCUCCUCACACCUGCAGGAAAAAGACUUAAUGUCGAGAUACCAGCUGGUUUAAAAGAGCUCUUGCAGGGAUACACUGUGGAGGUGCUUCGCCGCAGGCCGCCAAACUUGGUUGAAUUUGCAGUGCAGCAUUUCACACAAGUUCUGGAAAACCAAAGGAAUGACCAACGAGCCAAGAAACGCAGCGACAAACCAGCAAGAAAAGGUGUCACCUUUGAAAUAAACAAGUCCACAAAGGAUGAUGACGAGGAGGAGGAGGAGGAGGAGGAGGAGGAUACCAUUAAACCCACCACCGGCAAAUACAAUCGCAGAGUUUCAGUUUGUGCAGAGGCGUACAACCCUGAUGAUGAUGAGGACGACGAUGCAGAGCCUCGGGUUGUGCAUCCCAAAACAGACGAGCAGCGUCGCAGACUUCAGGACGCAUGCAGAGACAUUUUACUGUUUAAAACAUUGGAGCAGGAGCAGUUCUAUGAGGUUUUGGACGCCAUGUUCGAGGUGCUGGUCAAACCUCAGGAGCACAUCAUAGACCAAGGGGACGACGGGGACAAUUUCUAUGUCAUAGAGAAGGGUGUGUAUGAUAUUUUUGUGCAGAAGGACGGAGUCAGUGUUUGUGUUGGAAAAUACAACAACAAGGGGAGUUUUGGUGAGCUGGCUCUUAUGUACAACACGCCACGAGCUGCCACAAUCAUUGCAACGGAUGAAGGCGCCCUGUGGGGCCUGGAUCGAGCCACAUUUCACAGACUGAUCGUGAAAAACAACGCGAAAAAAAGGAGGAUGUACGAGGCCUUCAUCGAGUGUGUUCCUCUUCUGAACUCUCUUGAGCUCUCUGAAAGAAUGAAGAUUGUUGAUGUUUUGGGAGCACGAGGAUUCAAAGAUGGAGAUCGCAUAAUAACACAGGGGGAGAAGGCCCACUGUUUCUACAUUGUGGAAUCAGGAGAGGUGAAGAUCAUGAUAAAAAGCAAAACGAAGGCGGGCCAGCAGGAUAAUACAGAGGUUGAGGUGGCUCGUUGCUCUAGAGGGCAGUAUUUUGGGGAACUGGCACUAGUCACCAACAAACCGCGAGCAGCAUCUGUUUACGCUGUGGGAGAAACCAAAUGCUUAGUAAUUGACAUCCAGGCCUUUGAGCGUUUGCUGGGUCCCUGUAUGGACAUUAUGAAGAGGAACAUCUCCCAGUAUGAAGACCAGCUGGUGGCACUGUUUGGCUCCAGUGUAGACUUGAAACACUAGUACACAAAUUCAUUACCAGCAUUUCAGUAUAACAUAGUAGAAUUGCAUGUCCUAUAUGUCUUAUAUGCAGUAAAAUGUACUGUUUCUGUACAACUCUGCUGCUACGAGGUAAAUAUGUUGUGAGUAGAAUACAUCAUGUUUCUUAUGUGACAAUCCUGAUAAUCACCCAGAGGACAUCUAUGCAACUCUAAUACUCAAAUGAAGUCAGACAAACAGGUGAAACUCCAGUUAACCCACUGACAGUCCAGUUCACUGGGAGGGAUUCAUAACCCAUUAUACAGUACCUUACCUUCAAAUUCUGGACUGGUUGAUGAUCGCAAGAAAAUGUCAUAACUUUUUAUGAAGCUUUUCAUCAGAUCCUUUUAUAAAGCUCCUGGUUUGAAAAUUUCAACUUUCAAAUUAGCUCAAGCUUUCACAAGAACAAAAUACUGAACUGCCCAAAUAGCCACGUUGUCAAUGAGCAGCCAGACCUAAAAAUAACUGUAACAGUGGCUCAGUUCCACUGUCACUUUAGUUCCAGUUUUUGCAAUUGUUGUGCACAUACACACUGUGUCAUGUUCAUUUGCUGUUACUGUUCUGGCCAAUCACUGCCUUCAUUAUUUAAUUAUACAAGGUGCUGUGCCAUUUCCAUUUGCACUCAGCAAAAAAAGUUGUUUAUGUAAACCUGGAUAUACUCAGUUGGCAGUUUAUUAGGAACACCUGCCUAAAUAUAAUGCAGUCUAAUACAACAGCCCUGCAAUAAAUCCUAGUUUCAUGAAGAUUAUGUUCAGUUUGUGUUGAAACUGUUUUAGAGAUGUCCUGAUAUUCUGUCCACACUUUUUUUAUCAAUGAUGUGAGGCUAAAUGAUCAAAACACCUCUCUGUAAACACAGUUCAGCAACAGCAUAAACUACAUCCUCCAAAAUGAUCAUCCACUUGAUUCAGCACCUCCAAGCAAAAGAACAGUUUCAACAUAAACUUAACAUCGCAACCUUCAUGAAGGGAAGGUUUAUGGCAGGACUGUUGAAUUGAACUGCAUUAUUUUUAGCAAGAUGUAAUAUCUAAUAAACAGGCAACUAAGUAUGAGCAUAGCUCAAUAGAAAAGGUAAUAUUCUUGCCAAAAACACACAACGUAAAAAAAAUAAAGGAUUAUAUAUUAAAUAUUCAAGUUUUCUGGAGUUUGUUUUAUUUGAGUUACAAAAUAUGAAGUGCCAUCAGCAGACUCCACAGGAGAGUUUGCCAACCUUCUUGUGUUACAAGUAUUUACACCCGAAAGUCAAGGAUAUCCAUCUAAAUUUUCACACUGCGUUCUGGUAAGUCCCAGACUUCACGUCUCUGUUGUCCAAGUUCAUAGUCAAGUUUAAAUAUUUAAAAUAUUUACAAAGUCCUGUAUUCAAAAACUCCCAAAUCAUACUGUAGCUUGUUCAAUGCAAAGGCAGGUGCCAGACGUGUAACUGCUUCAGUAGUGUGAGAAAAUGAGCAGAGCUGGUGGAAUUAAAGGAGCUGUUAAACGAACGUGGUCCUCUACAGGGGCUCCAUAGUUUUACAAUGUAAUUCUUCCUCCUCUAAAGAAAGCCUGGGUGAGGAAGUCUGUACAUAAUUAUUUAAAAUUACAUGUUGAAAUGUCUUUUUAGCCGUUGUAGUACAACAGCAUCUAUGAUCCUCUCUUGUGAAGAAUUUAAUAUGACAAUCAAUAAAAGACAGAUGAAAGAAAAAGGCCACCCAAAUAAUCACGCUUGUUCAUUAAACAUUUUUCUUCAGAGCAUCUCCGAACAUUAAAAUAAAACUCCAAUAAAUAGAAAUACAGCAGAGAGAUGGUCAAAUAAGACUGAUUCUGGUUUGGUCCAUCCCUGAGUUCUUUUGAGAAGGACAAAAAUACCAGACAGGAGUGACAAAAGAAAAAAAAAAAAAAAAAAAAAAAGGACUGAUGGGAAAAAGCAAAAAGUGUUGAUAGGAUAUAUC